GGAGAGAGAGAGGGUUGAAGUGUCAGGCGAAGUGCUGCAAACUAGUGAGUGAGUGACAGAGAGACUUGGAGACCGGUGGAAGUGAAACGUCCCCUUGCAGUUUCUGUCCACGUUUUAUGAGAAGAGGACAAAAGGACAACAGGUCCACGGAGGGUGUUGAAGAUGGCAGUGUGGAUCCAGGCCCAGCAGCUCCAGGGAGAUGCCCUGCACCAGAUGCAGUCUCUGUAUGGUCAGCACUUCCCCAUCGAGGUGCGACAUUAUCUGUCCCAGUGGAUAGAGGGUCAGCUGUGGGAUGUCAUAGACCUGGAGAACCCACAGGAGGAGUUCAAGGCCAAACGUCUGCUGGACAGUCUGAUUCAGGAGCUGCAGAACAAGGCUGAGCACCAAGUGGGAGAAGACGGCUUUCUCCUCCGAAUCAAGCUAGGACACUACGCCAGCCAGCUAAAGAGCACGUAUGACCGCUGUCCUCUGGAGUUGGUCCGAUGCAUCAAACACAUCCUAUACACGGAGCAGAGGCUCGUCAGAGAGGCUACCAAUUCGAGCUCACCGCUGGGUGGAAUGAUGGACAGCAUGUCUCAGAAAUAUCAGCAGAUCAACCAGGCCUUUGAAGAGCUCCGUCUGAUGACGCAGGACACCGAGAACGAUCUGCGCAAGCUGCAGCACAACCAGGAAUACUUUAUCAUCCAGUACCAGGAGAGUGUUCGCAUUCAAGCUCAGCUGACCAGCCUGGCCACGCUGCCCCCUGCUGACCGCCAACUGAGAGAGCCUGCCCUCCUCAAUAAGAGGGCCACGGUGGAGGCAUGGCUGACCAGAGAGGCAAACACACUACAGAAAUACAGACUGGAUCUCGCGGAGAAGCACCAGAAGACACUGCAGCUGUUAAGGAAGCAGCAGACCAUCAUACUGGAUGAUGAGCUGAUCCAGUGGAAGAGACGGCAACAGCUGGCAGGCAAUGGGGGCCCACCAGAGGGGGGCCUGGACAUCCUGCAGUCCUGGUGUGAGAAGUUGGCGGAGGCGAUCUGGCAGAACAGGCAGCAGAUUCGGAGGGCGGAGCACCUCAGACAGCAGCUGCCCAUCCCCGGUCCGAUUGAAGAUCUACUCAAUGAACUCAACAGUACCAUCACAGAUAUCAUCUCAGCGCUGGUCACCAGCACCUUCAUUAUCGAGAAACAGCCUCCACAGGUGUUAAAAACCCAAACCAAGUUCGCUGCUACGGUGCGCCUCUUAGUGGGCGGGAAGCUGAAUGUGCACAUGAACCCCCCGCAGGUGAAAGCCACCAUCAUCAGUGAACAACAAGCCAAGUCGCUGCUGAAGAAUGAGAACACAAGGAAUGACAGCAGUGGAGAAAUCCUCAACAAUAAUUGUGUUAUGGAAUACCACCAGACCACAGGCACCCUCAGCGCCCACUUCAGGAACAUGUCCUUGAAGAGGAUCAAACGGUCAGACAGGCGGGGGGCCGAAUCGGUCACCGAGGAGAAGUUCACUAUUCUUUUUGAGUCGCAGUUCAGCAUCGGAGGCAAUGAGCUCGUCUUUCAGGUCAAGACGUUAUCCCUUCCUGUUGUGGUGAUAGUUCACGGUAGCCAAGACAAUAACGCGACAGCAACGGUGUUGUGGGACAACGCUUUUGCAGAGCCAGGAAGAGUUCCCUUCCUCGUGCCAGAUAAGGUUCUCUGGCCCCAGCUGUGCGACGCCAUCAACAUGAAGUACAAAGCCGAAGUGCAGAGUAAUCGAGGCCUGUCCGAGGAGAACCUGGUCUUCUUGGCUCAGAAGGCUUUCAGCAGCUCCAGCAACAACCCAGACGACUACCGCAACAUGACGAUGACCUGGUCCCAGUUUAACAGGGAAAGCUUGCCGGGAAGGAACUUUACAUUUUGGCAAUGGUUCGACGGUGUCAUGGAGCUCACAAAAAAGCAUCUCAAACCACAUUGGAAUGACGGUGCCAUUUUGGGUUUUGUGAACAAGCAGCAGGCUCAGGAUAUGUUGAUGUCCAAACCCAACGGCACCUUUCUCCUGCGUUUCAGUGACUCUGAGAUUGGAGGAAUUACAAUAGCAUGGGUGGCCGAAAAUCCUAACAAAGCAGGUGAGAGAAUGGUGUGGAAUCUAAUGCCCUACACCACCAAAGAUUUCUCCAUCCGCUCUCUGGCUGACCGCAUCAGUGAUCUCAAUCACCUCCUGUUUCUCUACCCCGACAGACCCAAGGACGAAGUGUUCUCCAAAUAUUACACCCCGCCCCUGUCCAAAGCAGUGGACGGCUAUGUGAAGCCACAGAUUAAACAAGUGGUGCCUGAGUUUGCAACAGCCAAUUCAGACCCAACAGGUGGGAAACAGACCUACAUGGAUCACGGCGCAUCCCCGUCACCUGUCAGUCACGCUCAUGCCUAUGGAAUAUACCCACCAAUGAGCGACUCGAUGUUGGACACAGACGGAGACUUCGACCUGGACGACACCAUGGACGUGGCCAGGCACGUGGAGGAGCUCCUGAGGCGGCCCGUGGAGAGCCAGUGGGGCGGCCAGCAGUCAUGACCCCUGACCCUCCUUCACCCCCUCCACUCACAUUGACAUUUGUCUCGGUUUUAAUUCCAUUCAUUUCUCAUUGGUUUCAGAUAGCUAUAAUGUGAAACGUCAAUAAAUAACGGCAGUGAUGGGUUUUUUUUUUUUUCUUCUCAGCAUGAUCGCGUUCACAUCCACAGAUUGAUUUGUGUCUGCCCGUGUUUGUAAAAACAGUCUAGGUACAUUUGAAAAAAAAAAAAAAAAAAAAGGUCUUGCAUUGUUACAGUAUCGUGCAAAAAGAAAAGAAGAAAUCUUCUCUGUCCACAUCGUGCUUGCCUUUCCCGUUGUUCCGAAACAUAUUUAAACGACAUGCUACUGUACGGAGACAUUUUAACAGUUAAAUGUUUUCACUUUUUUUCUUUUUUUUCUUUUUCGUCCUUGUAAAUGAAAUGAAUGUGUUAGCAUGAAUUGAGCUUGCUACUAAAACAGAAAAGUCGUUUCCCUGCUCAGUCACAGUCGUCACUCUCUGAAUCUGUACACACUAACCCUACAGGCCUAGCCGCUGUCUUUACUCCCGGCGAUAUCAGCACACUGUACACACACACCGAUGUGCGGCACAAUGUUUUCGUGUUGAUUUUAUUCCAUGAGUUGGAAACCAGGGUGGGUUGCUGUUUGCUUUGGCCCCUCCCUCACUCUCACAGGGCUAUUUAUCUCUUUUCUGUUACUAAGAACAGUAAUGCAAAUCUGACUAUUACUCAGCGCUGCCUGCUUGUGUCAUCUCAGGUCUCUCUCUCUCUCUUUCUCUCUCACCGCUACCUCUCUUCACCAGAAUGACAGCCAUAAUUGUUUUUUCACAUUCACACCAGCAGUUACAGUUAUUCUUUCACGUGUGUGAAAUUGAUGGCCAGGACCCUGUUGCCUCCUGGAUGCUUGAACUCGCACACCGUACCGCACGGGGCGUAGCUACAGCUAACAUUUUUAAGAAAUGGAUGUAGCCGUCUUUUCGCAAAGGCUAGCCCAUAGCAUUAGAAACCACAGACCAGAAUCUAGCUCUGACAUCAACAUUACAUAUCGUUCUUUAGCUACAUGGGCUUUACAUGCGUUGCUGCCUCCUAUUUUUAUUAAUAUUUUUCAAUAAUAAAAAAAAAACUACCGGCUAAUUUAUGUAUUUAUUUACU